UGUGCUUGGAAGAUAUUUUCUGCUAAACAAACGGAGUCUCUAUGUGACCAAAUUAAAAUAUAAGUUUGAAGAAAAAACCAGAUUUUCAUAUGAUAAUUCAUAGUGUCUACCUAUUAGCAGAGGUUGAUGAAAAUAGGUCAGAGUAAAAAUAGAAGUUAACAGGAGCGACGUAUGUGGAGCAAUCAUGUGCUUGCAUAUGAGAAAACACAUGGAGCAAUCAUGUGCUUGAAGACAACGAUAAGUUUUCCCAUUCAUCCGCAACUCCAUUGAUUACAAAAUUUCUCCCGAAUGAUAAAAAAACGGAUGGAGCUCUUCGACUCUUUCCCAUGAAAUAAGAAAUAGUGAAAGCCAUAAAUUUGACUCCCUCUUCUCGUGAAAUACAGUUGACCCGUAUCUUUCGGGUGAGCAGCAUCGCAUGCAUUGACUUUUGAGGGCGAGAGGUCCAGCAGAAGAGGGCCAUGACUCAACGCAUGCUCACCUUCUCCCGGUCAACAAGUUAGCAGUUCAUCAAUGGACGUCUGAUUGAGCAAUCACGGUUCUUGUCGUCGUCUAUAAUUAGUCAAGACUUGGCGGUUCCUCAGCAUCCCCUCCCCACCAUGUCUCGCCCAAGCCCUGAGAUCCACCCCCGCUUCGCCACCCCCGAGUCCCUCUCCGACUGGCUCAAGCCUCGGCUCCCCUCCGGCUCCUUCGCCUCCUGGGGCAUCGAGCCCGGCACCAAGAAUGUCCACAACCUCUGGCUCGAGAUCUUUGAGGGCGAGACCUCGCUCACCGACUCCGUUCGCCCAGUCCGCACCGUCAAUGUUGUCUCACUCCGUGUCAUCAGGGCCAACGGUCAGGUUCUCGUCGAGUCUCACCAGGAACUAUCCGAUGGCAGUGUCCGCCAUCGGUGCCUGCUCUUGUCGGAGAAGAUGAAGCCAAGCGAGACGCCUGAGAUGGCGGUGACCAGGGCCGUGAGGGAAGAAUUGGGAUCGGUGAUUCGGGUGGAGGUUGAGAAUAUUGGGGAUGUCGUGAGGAUUGUUCCGGGAUCAUAUAAGAGGAAAGUGGAUGAGAAGAAUUCAAUGUCUUAUCCGGGAUUGCCGGCGCGUUACAUAUUGCACUCGUUCGAGGUGGAGGUCGAGGGACUGCCGGAGGACUCAGAGUUCUGCACGGAGGAGGAAGAGGAAUAUGAAGGUAGAGGUGAUGCAGGCGUUGCGAACAGGGCGGUUUCUGUGAAGAGGCAUUACUGGAAAUGGGUGAGUGCAGAUUCUAUUGAAUCUUGAAUUUUAGUUUUUUGGUUGGAGGGUUGGGAGUUUUGGCUCUUCAAUUUGACAAUGUUGGUGUUUUUUUGCUUGCUUUCUUUUCUAUUGGGAUAAAUUGUAUUUGAAGUUUUAAAACUUGUUA